UCCUACCUACUAGUCUAAAAUCUAGGUUAUAUUAUAAUUUUAUAACUGCUUUUAUUGAAGAAAAGCAGAAAUUAUAAAUCGGUAUUUUAUUAAUGGCAGGAAAUUUCUGGCAAAGUUCUCACUAUCAACAAUGGCUUUUGGAUAAACAGGACUUGAUAAGGGAACGACAACAUGAUCUAGCAAUUUUACCGGAGGAUGAAUAUCAAAAGAUUUUUAUAUUUUUCUCUAGUGUUAUACAAACGUUAGGAGAGCAACUGAAACUUAGGCAACAAGUGAUAGCGACUGCCACGGUAUAUUUUAAAAGGUUCUAUGCUAGAAAUUCUUUAAAAUGCAUAGACCCAUUACUGUUAGCACCAACAUGCCUAUUUCUAGCAUCGAAAGUGGAAGAAUUUGGAGUUAUAUCAAAUUCCAGGUUAAUAACCACCUGCCAGACUGUCAUAAAAAAUAAAUUUGGAUACGCCUAUACUCAAGAAUUUCCUUACCGGACUAAUCACAUAUUGGAAUGUGAAUUUUACCUCUUAGAGAACCUCGACUGCUGUUUAAUCGUAUACCAGCCUUAUAGACCCCUCUUACAACUAGUCCAAGACAUAGGUCACGAAGAGCAAUUGUUAACGUUGGCAUGGAGGAUUGUCAACGAUUCCUUGCGGACCGACGUUUCCUUGCUGUAUCCUCCGUAUCAAAUCGCCAUAGGAUGUUUACAAAUAGCUUGCGUAAUUUUGCAAAAGGACCACAAGGCGUGGUUCGCCGAAUUGAAUGUAGAUAUUGAAAAAAUCCAAGAGAUAGCUAGGUACAUUAUUAACUUAUUUGAAUUGUGGAAGACGUACGACGAGAAGAAGGAAAUCCAGGCGUUGCUUGCUAAAAUGCCUAAACCAAAGCCUGCUCCUCAAAGAUAGAGUUUUUAUGAAAACUAGAAAUUCGAGUAUUAUAAAUUACGCUUAAAAAUAAUAGAUCGUGAACUGAUGUAACUAUCUACUUGUACUUGUGCUUGAACCGAUGAGGUUAAGAUAUUUAAGUUUCACUCUGAACUUGUGUAGUUUCGGAUAUAUAUUGUACUAUUGCGAUCUUAAACUGAAGAAAUAGGGCCUUACUAUGUAUUAUGAUAAUUCUGUUUAUUUUGGGAGAUCUUCGGGUUACUGUGGACUAUUUAUUCAAAAUAUACUCUUGAUUAAAGGUAGACGUGUAUUUAUUACAAAAAAAAAAAGUGGAAAAAGCCGUAAACCUGCUACUUCAGGACAGUAUCGUCAAGUUAUCUUUUAUUUCGAAUUAAAACGUUAGUAGAUAUAUAUUUUAUUUUUUGCCAGGACACUAAUAAUGUUUAUUUCAUCUUGAAAGACAUUCUCGCUACAUAUCUGAUAUUAUAAAGAUUACAUCACAUUAAUUUAGAAAUAGCAAUUUUAUAUUUCUGAUCUGGGUAGUUUAAUUUUCAUUUUAUAAAACUAUCGGUGCAAUAAAGAUUCUAUAAAACAAA